GUGUUUGCAAUAUAUAUAUACUUUAUUAAGCACGAAGUUACACAAUGGAUUUUCUGUGCUGUGCUUAUCGUGAGUACAGAAACCCAAUUUUUAGCGUUAUUAGCCUUCACAUUUACUGCUGGGAAAUUGGAUAGGGGAAGGGCAGUUUGAAAUGUAAACAGAUGUACUCUCACUCCAAACCCAAUGAAAAAUACAUUGUUUUCAAAAUAGACCAACAUUUUAUUUUGAUUUGGUGAAUGUUUCGCUUUUUGUUUGUUUCUACGCCAUAUACUGUUAAUUAAACCUAUCGUUUACACUAUAAUAAGCACAUAAUGGUAGUUAUUCUGAUACGUAACAAACUCUAUCCUACACAGUGCGUCAAGACAAAACAUUAAAUAGUCAGAAUAGUAAUGAAAUUUGUAAUUCGUUACAGUACUCGUUUUUGUUGUAAAGUUAUUAACUAAAUCCUGGAUUUAUAUAUAUCGUUUAUAUGUAUAGGAACUAACUAUUGUCUUUUUUUGUGUGUGAGUGAUAUUUGUUUUUAUUCAAUCAUGAAAAUGGCGGCGAAAACUUCAAGUUCAUCGUCUAUCGUAGACACUCGAGCAGAACUCGCAGAACUUGUGAAGAGAAGAGCCGAAAUUGCAGAGACAUUGGCUAAUCUUGAGAGACAGAUAUAUGCCUUUGAAGGAAGCUAUUUGGAAGAUACCCAACUCUACGGAAACAUCAUCAGAGGAUGGGAUAGAUACUUAGCAACAAACAAAAACACCAAUAGCAAAGCAGAUAAAAGAAACAGAAAAUUCAAGGAAGCCGAGCGUUUGUUUUCUAAAUCAUCAAUAACAUCUAUGGCAGCAGUCAGUGGAAUUAUUGAAAAAGAAGACAAAGAGCGAGGGAGUGAAACAGAGUCACAGAAUGCUAACAGUGGAAGUGAGGAUGUUGAAAAAAUACAGACACCGACUGUGACAACCAAUGCUGUCAAAACCAACACAUCAAGCAGUAGCAGUUCAAGUAGCUCUAGUUCCUCAGCAAUUAAUGAAAGCCAAACUCCCACAGGGAACCUCCCAUCUAAAAUUCCCAAAAUGAGCACAGCUCAAAAAAUGAAAAAGACUUCAAAGAAAGCAAGACAGAAGGUUGAAGGAAAGUUGAAAAAAGGCAGAGGAUAAGGAAAGACAUUGAAAUCCACUUUCCAUUUCUCGAUGGUUUGGCCUACUGAUUUAUCAGUUGCAGCAAACAUAAGGUCAUAACAACCAUGAGUGGAUUACAGAACACAACAUUUAAUAGAUGUGUCAUUGUGAUUCCCAUGCUACCAAGCACACAAAUUUUGAGUAUGUUUAGUUGUCAACGAUUUUUGCUGCUGCCUUGGAAUUACAGCAUAACUCAAGUUUUUUACUUGUAGAAACUGACUUCCAAAGCAAUAGAUUAAUGUAAAAUUGACUAAUGUAAAAGCAAUCUUGUGUAGCACAUGGGUUCAAUAUGUUAGGCUAGAUAGUGUUAAGAUCAAGGGAAUUGAAUUUUAUUCUUAAAAGAAAGGAAAGUUUUAGUCUCAGAUUUACCCAACACCUUAGAAUGUUGUGUGAAAAUUUAUGUUAUCAUCCAAGACGCAUGCUCUUUGACUAAAGUAUAUACAUAGCUUUAUUAAAUAUUACAUUAAGACAUAAUAUUCACUUGUACAAAGUUUCUGACAACAGCACGUACAUAGCUUUAUUAAAUGUUACAUUAAAACAUUAUGUUCAUUUGUACAAAAUUAUUCACCUUUAAUUUAGUGUUUUUUUUCAUAUAGGUAACAGAAAUUUCACUUACAUUAAGUUGACCAAAUUUAGCCAUAGGGAAUGGUGAAGCAUUCAGUUCACAAAAAGAGCUAAUUGAAUCUAACUCCCACUUUUUUGAUCAUUAUACUGUUAUUAUUCUUUGUGUCUAAAGAUAGUCUAUUUGCCUAACUAAUUGAAUUCUACUAAACAAAUCUUGCUGUUGCUUUUUGAAGUAAGGGACUUAAAUAAUCAGACAAGUGGAAUAGCUCUGUAAUUCCCACACGUGUUUCAAGCUGGAUGUGCUUAGUCCACUUAUGCUUAUCUUGUUUGGGUUUGCAGUUUAAUUCUUAGAGGGAGAAUGCUUAUCAUUUUAUUCUUUUGUAUCUAGAAACUUUCUCAAAAUUUAAAAGAAACAGUUGAGAUUCAUUUUGUGUUUUCAUUCCCAUUUGUGAUUCUACCAGAUGUUUAUUCUUGAUUCCUUUUCCCAACAAAUAUUAUUUGAUCCUACAACACUUAGUAGCACAUUUAAAUCAACAUUUAUAUGAAAUUUAAAUUUACAGUUUGUUUCACUUGUAUAUUAUAUGUAUGUAUUGUUGUAUCAUAAUCACCACAAUUCUCAGUAUAUGUAUUUUCACUGAAUAGCAUUAAAAAAUUGU